UUAGAGUGACGACGGUGGAAGAGUGAACUUCGAGGAAGACGCUACGGUCGCUUUUUUCUGAGCUAAUUGGCUACAAACCAACAAAUUCGAGCAUUUUGAGUUUCUCUGACAGCUUUUCGUCUUUUGAUAUACUUCUGGGGGGCAACAAUUUGCCACAGCGUUUGCCCUUUGAAUCGACUUCAACAGAAAGAAGACCUUCUAGUUACAGUCGAACUGGUUUUCUUUUCUCUUUCCAGCCUUUGACAGAAGACCAGAUAAUGGCCAACGGAACAGGCUCUCAUUCCGAAAUGGCCCGUGCUCGCCAGAGCGAUGGCCUCAAUGUGAUCUUUGACCAGAAAAGCCCCAGGUCAUCCCGAUCCUAUUCCAUAUCCCGCUCUGUGUCCAGGAGCAGCUAUGACAGCAGCCACUCCUCAGGCUCUUACAGAGGGCGCGACAGACGCAGACGCUAUUACAGAUCAUCAUCUUCAUCGUCCUCAUCUUCUUCCAGGAGCAGGUCUUCUCGCUCCAGGUCACGCUCCUACCCCCGCUGCCACAGACGCUCCUCUCGCUGUCGAUGUGACGACCACAGCAGACGCAGCAGAGUUCGUUCUAGUCAUUCCCCACCCCGCUGUUACAGGGCCCACACUCGCUCAUUCAGCCGCUCGCCAGCCAGAUGCUCGCAUCGCAGACGGUACAGGUCUCCCUCCAGGUCCCGCUCAAUUUCCCGAUCCAGGUCAUCCUUCCGCAGGUCCAGGGGCCGCGUGAGCCAGUAUCGAUGCAGAUUUUCACAAUCCUCAUCCAGGAGCCGAUCCCGAUCUGUUGGACGUUCUGUCAGCCUCAGUCUGUGUGAUAAAAGGGAACUCCUCGAAGCUGCAAAGGCAAACGCCAUGAAGAUUCUGGGAGUGGAGAAACUGGAACUUCCUGAGAGUGUGAAACCAAUCCUGUCAGAACCCGAGCGUGAGCCAGAGAAAAGGGUGAGACACGGCUCCGAAAAGACCGCAGCACAGGGCACACAGGAGGAGCCUGAUGACGUCUCCAGCCCAAGGUCGUCCCAGAAAGGAAAAAUUGCUUUCAGCAUUAACAACUCUGUUGCUAAGCCAACAGCUGCAGCUCCUCCUACAGCAAAGGUAACUCCCCGAGUGGACAGCGUAGAGCGUAGGAAGCCCUACGGCCAGUGGAUCCCAGUCAGAUCAGGCCAAUCCUCGAGUGCACGCAAACAUACCUAAACCCACACUUGCGGGGCAGAGCACAUGGACACUGUACAUGCUGUAUAUACUGUACAUAUGAGAUGUUCACACAUCGGUGUUUUCUUGCAGAUGUUAAAGAUUUGUGGGAAGAAGUGAAGAAUCGUUCAGGUGGGAUUAUUAUUAUUUAUUUUUUUUGUUUCCUUGUGUUUUUUUGUGAUGUUUAUAAACUCAAUAAAGUUAUUUCACAUAAUA